AUGACUACAAAGCAGCUAUUGCCUUCAGUCUUCAAUGAUAUGGUAACUCCACCAAGCUCAGCUCAACGCAGUAGAAAGAGUAAACCUAUGAUUGUGGAUAUUUCCAUUAAUGACCAAGGGGAACAAAUAUAUCAAGUGCAACCAAGCAGAGACUCAAGAAAAAGAAGAUAUGAAGAUUCUUUAGAAGAUGAUAAUGCUGUUACUCCAAUCAGAAGUGUCUUGGGAACCAUUUCUCCAAACUCUUUGAAUCAAAACAAAAGACAAAACAUCGGUGGUGCUCAUGUUGAUAAUAAAGAAUAUGACGCUUUCAAUGGAUCUCCAAAUACUAGAAAACAACAACAACAAGAUGUCAGUGAUGGUAACAUAUGGAGUGAAGAUGUUGAAGAAGCUUUUGAAGAAGCUUUGAAAAUAAUUCCAAAGAAUGGAUUAACAAAAAUCAAAAUUAGUGGUAAAUCAUGUGGUAGAAAUGAAUUGAUUUCCGAUUAUAUUAAUCAAAAAACUGGUAAAACAAGAACAAGAAAACAAGUUUCAAGUCAUAUUCAAGUCAUCAAAAACUUGAAAAAGAAUACCCAUUUGAUACAACUCAUAAAUAAUGGUCCAUCAGAUCCUGAAGCUGUCAAGAAAUUUGAUGAAAUCUUUAGUGAAAUAUCAUUCCAAAAAUCUAUUGGAGGUGGUGUUCCAUCAACUGCUAAUACAAGUAUAUCAUCAUCCUCUGCAACAUCAGAAACAGAUAGUAUGAGAUUUUCUACACCAAGACCAAAAUCAAGAAAUACAAGAAAAUCAACACCAACAAAUCCAAAAAAAUUCAAACAAAGAGGUCCAAUUUCUAAACCAAUUGAUUUCAAUAUGAAAAAAUUUGAAAUGCAAUUUAUUGAUUAUGAAGAUCCAGCAAAUUCUCAUAUUUUCACAAAAUUAUCUUCAAAUAAAUUAGAUCAAGCAUUAAGAUUGAAACAUGAUGCAAAUAUAUCAAAUAGAUUCCCACAUUUGAAUGAUUAUUAUCUUACAAAUAAUCCUCAAGAAUUACAAAUCCCAAUUUUACAUAGUAUGGUUAAUUUGAAUUUACCUCCUUUAGAUAAAAAAGUUGAUGGUAAACAUGAUACCAAAUUACAAGUUGAAUUGAAAUCCAUUCCAAUUGAAGAAGAAGAAUUUGGAUGUCUUACAGUUAUCUAUUCAUUUGGUAAUGAAGUUAUAAGAUUAGUUGAUGAUGUUUCAGUUUUAAAACAAUCCAAAAAUCAAUUAGAUCCAUUAAACUAUAAAAACAAUACAUUGGAAUUACCAUUUGCCAAAGAAUUUUGGAAUGCUUUUUUGAGAAGUGUUGAAAAUAAUAUUAAUGAUUGUAAUGACGUUUUCAGAUCUGAAACCCAAAAAACCAUAGCUGUUAAAGCUAUAACAAUGAAACAAAUUGUUUAUGCCAAAAAUCCAACCUUAUCAAAACCUUCCUCUUCACAAUCAUCAAAAUCAAAACCUAUAAGUUCUAAUUUCCAAAUAAAUGACAUUAGAGGUGUUUUACUUUGGGAAUUUACAAAAUCUAAUGAUUCUUCUUCAACAUCUUCAAGACGUCUCUACUUACCAAAUCCAUUAAAUCAAACACCAGAAACUGAAAUCCAAUAUUUAGAUAAAUGUUCUGAUCCUAUUAAAGAAGAAGAACAAGAUACAACAUUAGAAAUUCCAGAAGAUGAUGAAAUAAUUCCACUUUCUCAACCAUUAUCUGCUACAUCAACCUCAUCAUUCCAAUCACAUGCAUCAUCAGCAUCAACUGCAUCAGUUGCUUCAUUCAAUUCAAACUUUAGAACUCAAUCAUUCCCAUCAUUAAAUUACUUCCCUCAUCCACCACAAUUUGGUGCUUUAAGAAGAAUGGCAAGUGAACCAAAUACAUCUAUUUUUUAUAAUAAUGAUUCAAAUCAAUUAGGUGAAUCUGAAUUUCAAAGUGAUGAAUUCACAGGUUUUAAUCCACCACAACAAAGUGUUUUCAACUCAUUUGCUGGGAACUUUAAUCAUGGGAAUAACAAUAUAAUAGGAUCUAAUGGUAUUAAUGGAACUACUUUAAAUCCUGGAUUUAUCCAUCUUGAUGAACAAAUGAGAUUAGAUCAUGAUCAUCAAGGUGAAAUAUUUAGCUGGUGA